AUGUUGGAAAUUUCACUUUCGCGUCGAGAAGCGCCAUCCGAUCCAAGAGAGUCGUUAAGGGGGAGUGCUGAGUCGGAGGCGAAUGUGGAUCCUAGAGGUGUCCUUGUGGAUGCUAGGCCUGAGCCCGGCCAGGAGCUCGGCCUCAAAUUUGAUACCAAAAUGGAGUCGGUUCUGUGGAAUCGGGCCGAGGAGAGUCGACAGCGCUUGGCCUACUGGCGUCAAUGGCAAGCAUCAACGCGGCGCAGCAAAUCCGUUGAGCCCAGAAUGGCCAAACGACAAGGUGGUGAAGGGCUGUCCUAUUUACAAGUGAACGAUGCCAUCGGUCACAUGAGGCUCUCCGGACAUGCGUCGGCUCUAGCAUCGGGCUCCAUCUCGACGAUGAGUUUUCCGGGCUGGGCGAUGAGUGCAACCAGUCUCGCCAACAGCGGCUCAGCUUUAGAGCCUUGGCGAGACCCGGGGACCAAGCCUGAACUGCGGCUGAUGGGCGGAGGCAUUGAGGGAGAAAUGUUUGAGGCUCAGUCUGAUUGGCAGGGAAAGCCGAUUGAGGCCAUAGACGCAAAAACACGGGCCGGAUACUUGGCAUCCCAACCUACAUUGAGCCAGCACAUACCAGUGGAGGAGGGUGGCAGCCAAGAAGAGACCUGCAAAGAAACGAAAAAGGUGAACAGGACAAGCUCUUGUCUGACUUCAGAUAAUGUAAACCCCUCAUCUUCAUUUGCCAGUGUUGUCAUGACUUCCUCCAUUAUCGGGCUGAUGACUGGAUACAUUUUAAGGCGUUCCACUGGCGUGGCAGCUACAAAUUACUUAAUCGACAAGGGAGGUGACAACGCCGGCGAAAUUCCUGGGGAUAUUACAGUUAUCGGUUCUUUUACUUAUAAGGAAAUCGGCAGCAGUGGCAGAGAACGCUGUACUGAAAACAUAAGGUCGAACCCAGUCACUACAUAG